CUUGGGUAAUAUCAGUUGUAUCGAGCCAAGAGAUCGAGAGAUGAGUCAACCCAAUCAAGAGAAUGCGUUUAGCUGUGGAUCUGAAUUAGGAGAUGUGGUGUUGGGUUCUGGUCUGCUCCACUGUUCGUUGCCUGUCAUUCAACAACUAAACGAUGAUUCCACGAAGAUCAUAAAAACGACCUCUUCAUCAUCACUAUCUGUUGCAUACAAAAUUUGCGAUGGUUAUGAAAACAAGUACCAAAUUAUAGCUUUUGGCAUCGGAGUUGGAGGGGAAGUAUCAUCGGAGCUGUCCCCAACUUUGGAACAAAAUCCCUCUGAGUUUAAUUUCCUUCAAAUUAAAAACGACCCUUUCUCUAUCAACGAAGAGGCCCUCUCACUCUUCCGCUCCCUCCGUCAAGAUGAAGACCUCUUCCAACUGUUAAAGAACCCAACGAAGCCAUUGAUUAUCACGGGACACUCUAUAGGAGGAUGGAUUGCGUCACUCUUCUGCUUAUGGUUGCUUGACAAAAUCAAACCAUCAAACCCUAACUUCCCCAUUUGUAUCACAUUCGGAUCUCCCCUCCUCGGUGACGAUGGUCUCUGCAGAGCAAUUCACAAUCUCUCCGGAUGGAAAUCUCGGUUCCUGCACGUUGUCUCCUAUGGCGACCUCAUCCCUCGUACCUUCCUCUCAUCCACCGAAAACAUUUACAAACCUUUUGGUACUUUCCUCAUUUGUUCAUCUUCAUCAUCGGCUUGUGCUUGUUUCAACGACCCUGUUUCAGUCGUCGAUGUGUUGGCGGCUACUAGUGCGUCGCCUCAGAUGCCCAAUAUCCUGGAUUAUGGGAAGCUAUUGGAAGAUCUUAACGAUCAGAUGAUUGUCUCCAAGGGAGUUUCGGAGCUAUGGGGGUCAAGAGGCGAUCCACUUCGAGCCGGGAUAAUACUUCAACUGGACGCAAUAGGAGUUCAAAGAAACCAGGAGAACAUGGAAGACACAUUGAUUACAGACAUGGAGAGAUGGGAAAGAAAAAAUUACCGGGGCAAUAUGCAGCGAAUCUCCGAAGCUGACAAGAAACUGAAUGAUAUGAAGAUAAACAUGGCCAAUCUUGAGUGGUACAAGAAGAUCUCCUCGACUGAUUUGCCCAUGGGCUAUUAUGACUGCUAUAAGAACAAGCCGUUCCCAAGGGACAUAUACGUUGUAAAGUUUAAGAAAGCCCUCAGGAAAUACUGGGAAGAUGUGGUGAACGAAGCAGAGACGAAGCCCCAGAAGCAAGGGGUUCCUCCCUUGCCCAUACGCCUGCUCUACGCAGGAACAAACUACAGGAGAAUGGUUGAACCUCUUGAUAUUGCAGAAUAUUACAAGGAACUGAAGGAAGAUAAGAUUAGUUACCGCAUGAAAGGAAGGUCUAAGCAUUAUGAAUUGUUGGAGACAUGGCUGGAGGAGAAUGAGAAAGCUGGAGAGCAUCAGAGGAGAUCAGGCAAAAGGGACAUUGCUGCUACUUUAACAGAAGAUUCUUGCUUCUGGGCAGAGGUGGAAGAAGCUAUGAUUUGGACCAAAUCAUUGAAGAAUGGAGAAGCUGUGGGGAAAGCAGAAGAAUCACUUAUAGAACAGCUGAAUAACUUUGAAGAGUAUGUGAUAGGCUUGAUUAAUAACUUGGCGGUGUCCCUCGAGAUUUUUUUGAAGGAGAGUACCUUCAUGCAAUGGUGGAAAGAGUAUGAAAAAAUUCCAAAACGUAAUCGUAGUUCAGGUCUCGCAAACUACAUGGAGAAUGGACGUUACCAAAAGUAUAAGUGAUUCAUGUAUUUGGCAUUCACUCUCCUAUAUUGUUCCA